AUGGCACUAGCAGUUGAGCUUCCCGUCGAUGGUUUGAGUUAUCGAGGUUUUGCUCAGAUGCUCUAUGACGUCCUCGAGGAGCUUGGUGUCCCUACCAAGAAGGUUGAGUACAUCUAUCGUGGUGAGCUAGGACCCGAUGAACUACAAGGCCACAUCGUCAUCCAUCUUAGGGUUCCUGGGAGUGAGACUCUGCCGGAGCUGCAUGUCUUCCAGGAGCUACAGGUGGAGAUCUCCAUCACAGCUUGUGUCUAG